CUCAUCCCCUCCACGCCGCCGCCGCCAAACUCAGACUCGCAAGCCGCGCGCCGGACCUCCGGACCCGCACCGCCAGACCGCUGUUGUACUUCACCUUCGGCGAGGUGGACCUCUGCCACAUCUCGCUCCCGUCCUUGCCCGUCUCCGGCCCGUCCCCCUUCCGCGCGGCUGCCAUGGCGGCACCCAUCGCCGGCGUCCAGAUCCUUCCUCCACAGCGGUCAGCCUCCUCUUGCCCCUGGCAGUAGCACGCCGCCCAGCCCACACCCGCCCACCUCCGCCUAGCCCACACCCGCCCACCUCCGAACCCCGCGGCUCCCCCAUGCGUAUGCCGGUAUGCCCACACCACGGCGUCCCACGGCCGACCAGCACCAUGUGCAUCUGCCACUACGUCGCGCACCUCCUCUCCUCCACCACUGUCGCCCCCCUCCUCGCCGCCAUGACCGCCCGCCAUGUCCUGGCUCUACACCGACGACUACUGCGCCUUAUGCGAGCUCAGCUGCCCAGCCCCGUAGUUUAGACUCAGAGUUCUUAGUUUCAACAUCCAUUGAUGGAUAUGCAAGAAUAUGGAAGAUAGAUGAUGGCGCACCACUGGUCAAUUUGACUCGAUCCUCGGAUGAGAAGAUCGAGUGCUGCCGCUUUUCUAGGGAUGGCAUGAAACCGUUCAUGUUUUGCACUGUUGCAAAAGGUUCCAAAGUUGUUACUGUUGUCUGGAAUAUAAGCGAUUGGGAGAGAAUUGGGUACAAAAGACUUCUGGGGAAGCCUAUCUCCACACUCUCAGUUAGCUUGGAUGGGAAGUAUCUGGCAUUAGGAAGCCACGAUGGUGACUUCUGUGCUGUUUCAGAGAAAGCCGCGACAUUAAGGCAUUUAGCAUUCUUCUUGACUUCAAAUUUGAAGCUAAGGUUGCUGAUUUUGGACUUGCAAAGUUCACUACUAAUAAUAACACCCAUAUUUCGACAAGAGUAAUGGGCACCUUUGGGUAUUUGGCACCUGAGUAUGCAGCAUCUGGCAAGCUCACAGAAAAAUCCGAUGUAUUUUCUUUCGGAGUCAUGCUUCUUGAGCUUAUUACUGGGUGGCGACCAAUUGACACAACCCAAUUGGCACUGCUUCCUAUAAGCACAUAUGUACUUCCAUUUGCAUGUUGUAUAAUACUAAUACCAAUUGCAAAAUUAUAGUUAUUUUUCUACCCUUGUUAG